UUGAUCUAUUAGAAUGCACCAACUGCUUCUUCCUCAUCUUCGUUCCUACAAAGUUGAUACCACCGUUAUUCACUGUUCCACUAUUCUCCCGUUGAAACUCCCAAAAUUUUCUUUCUUCUCUUCAACACCCCAACAACAACAACAAGACCAUAAUCAACGGCAGAAACGGAAACAACUCAAACAGAUGCAAAAACAUUUAGUUCCUCCUCCUCGUCCUCCUCCUCCUCCUCGUCCUUCUGCAAUCCCAAUUGGGUCCCCUGCUCGAAUCCAAAAGCUCAUAGCUUCCCAACCAAACCCACUCCUUGCCAUAGAAAUUUUCAACUUGGCCUCUCGCCAAUCCAACUUCCACCACUCUUACUCUUCCUUCCACACUCUCAUUCUCAAACUCGGCCACACUCGUCACUUCUCUCUCAUGCACAACCUCCUCUCUCGUCUCAAAGCCCAUGGCUACCCUGCCGCUCCUUCCCUCUUCUCCCACAUCAUCCGAUUCUAUGCUGACGCCCAACUUCCCGACAAAGUCCUCAACACCUUUUACACCAUCCUCCAAUUCAAUACCAAACCCCUGCCCAAGCACCUAAACCUUGUCCUCCAGGUCCUUGUCGCUCAUCCCACCUAUCUCCGCCCUGCUUUUGACCUUUUCAAAUCUGCUCACCGCUUCGGAACAUCACCCAACACUAACUCUUACAACAUUCUGAUGCGUGCCUUCUGUUUUCAUGGUCGUCUCAGCAUUGCAUAUUCCCUGUUCAAUCAGAUGUUUAAAAGAGAUGUUGCUCUUGAUGUUGAGUCCUAUCGAAUUUUAAUGCAGGGAUUGUGUAGGAAGAGUCAGGUGAACAAAGCUAUUGACUUGUUGGAAGAUAUGUUGAACAAAGGUUUUGUGCCAGAUACUUUGAGUUAUACCACAUUGUUGAACUGUUUGUGUAGGAAGAAGCUUAAGGAGGCUUACAAGCUCCUUUGCAAGAUGAAGGUUAAAGGAUGCAAUCCUGACAUUGCUCAUUACAAUACUGUCAUCUUGGGAUUCUGCAGGGAAGGUUAUGCUUUCGAUGCUUGUAAGGUUCUGGAGGAUAUACAAUCAAAUGAGUGUUUAUCGAAUUUGGUGUCUUAUCGGACUUUGGUUACUGGUUUAUGCAAUCAGGGCAUGUAUGACGAGGCCAAGAAUUAUAUGAAAGAAAUGAUAUUGAAAGGGCUUUCUCCACAUUUUUCAAUCUUUCAUGCAUUGAUCAUUGGCUUCUGUAAUGUUGGCAAGGUCAAUGAAGCUUGUGGAAUGUUGGAGGAAAUGUUGAGACAUGGGGAAGCCCCGCAUGUGGAUACUUGGGUGGAAAUUGUACCUAGAAUUUGUGAGGUGGAUGAAACUGUUGGAAUGGGAAAUCUUUUCGAAGAGGUUUUGAAGGUAGAAAUAAUGCCUGACACAAGAAUAGUGGAAGCGGCUGCUGGUUUGGAGGAAUAUCUAAUUAGGAGGAUACACUGUAGAUCAAGAGUUGCUUGAAAGUUCUUUGUUACUUACUUGUUUGAUCCAUUCUAUUCCCCUUCAACCUUGGGAAUAUGUAAGG